AUGGGAAAUGGAGGUUUCAUGAACAUCUAAAAGGCAGCUUCAUUAACUGCUAAUGGAUUGAAGCUUCUUGACUCGUUUUCUUCAUAAAAAGGACAUUUUAUAUUCUGUGAAGUAGCUGGAAUAAUUCUGCAAGUUUUUGAAUCAUCUUUUAUUCAACAAAAAUACUUAGAUAAAGAGCAAUACCCAAUUUAAUUAGAACUAUCAUACUCUUAUUCAGGUAUAAUGCUUAAGAAUGCAUAUCGAUCUUUAUUCUAGAACUGCAUCUUUUAGAAUAACAUUUAAUCUUAGUAAGGCGGAGCAAUUCAAAUUAUUGGAGGUAAUUUUGAAUGUAAUGGAUGCAAUUUUUACAAUAAUAGUGCAUUAAAUGGAGGAGCUAUGUUCUUAUAAGAAACAGAUAGUAUAACACUUUUCCAAGUAUUAUUCAAUCAAGUCUAUGCAUAAGAACAGGGAGGAGCAAUUAAUAUUUAUUUACCCUAGGGAAACACAAAAAUCAGUAAUUCUACAAUCUAUGAAGGUUACGGUGCGGGUUAUACAGGAGGCAUAUAUUACGAAACUGAGGUUGAUGGUAUUUAGAUAGAGGGAGGGGUAGUAUUAGAUAAUGUAAUAUUUCGAGAAGUAAAAGGAGGCGUCGCAAGUGUUCUAUUUGUCAGAGCAAAAAAAACUGUUGUCAAAAUUACUUCUUGCUAAAUGGACUAAGUUUAUGGUGGUUAAUAAAAUUCUAUUUCUGUCUAUAAUGCCAAAAGCCUUUUCAUUCACAAUAUGACUGCUACAAAUAUACACUCUGAUUAUCAGUCAAGUUUCCUGUUUGUAUAAUCUGUUGAAGAAGAUGUCUUUAUAAACUCUUCUAGAAUUUUUUGUAAUUACAACAAUCAAGCUAGAAGAAUAUUAGAUGAAGAUACAUCAACAAUAUAAAAUGACUAAGGUUAAAGAAAAUUGUAUGAUACAUUCUAAUGGUUUAAUUCCCCUUUAUCUGCACCUAUUUGGAUUAACUUCUCAAAAUAGUUCAUGAUUAAUAAUUUGCAUAUGAAAAAUUGCAUCAUGGAUAGAAAAAGUACUAUUAGAGAAGAAGCUUUAAUAAUUAUGGGUUAAGAUAAUAUGACAUUCAUCGACACAAAUUCAAAAUACGAAUAUAGUGAGGGAUUAAAUGGAGGAGUAUACAAUGUUUACUAAUUCACAUUUAACUUCCUAGUUAAUAAUACAUAUCAACAUCUUGGAACUAAUUAGUAUGGAUUGAUUCAUGCCUCAAUACCUCAGCUAUUAUUUAUACAUAAUUGUACAUUCUUCAAUAUAACAUCAUAUGGAGCUGAAGGAGCAAUUAUUAGUUUGCUUAGCAAAUCUCCUUUAACUGGCUAUUAUAUCGGAUAAAGAAGAGUUCAUAUUAGAAAUGUCACAGUUAACACAGUGAAAAUGGAAAAUAGAGCAUUUGGAGGCUUUAUUGCGCAUAGUGAUACAUCUCUUAAUACUAUCAUAAUUGAAUCAGUUACUGUAAAAAAUUUGUAAAAUGCAGAAUAAUGUGGUAUAUUUUGCUUUACUCCAUUCGAUGGUGAACUUCACAUUAUUUCAUCAAGCAAAUACCAGAAAACUGAAUUCUCUAAUUUUUAUUCUUUGAGUGAAUAACAGUUUAUGAGAUUCAAUUAAAGCUCACUAACAACUUUUACAAAAAUUUAUAUUGAGGAUAAUAUAAUUGACUGUCAAAAUAAGGAUAAGCCUGAUUGGAUAUCUUAUGUAUAUACUUUGGGCAACGAGGGAAUCAUAAGAAUAGCAGAGAAAGCCAGGCUGUAUACUAAAAACUCAUUGUUUAGAAAUUGUUAUAAAUCUCAAAGUGGAUCAAUGAUUUCAAUGUCAACAAAUUCUUACGAAGAUGAGGGAUCAGUAUUUUAGAAUAUCAAUGGAGCAUAUGGUGCUAUAGUUUCAUGUUAUGGUUGCCUAAUAAAAAUGAAAAAUACAACAAUGCUGAAUAUUAAUGCAAUUAGUGGAGGUUUGAUAGCAUUAAUUGGAUUUUGCGAUGUACAACUAGAGAAAAUUUCAGCUUAAGGCAUUUCUGCAUAGAGCUAAGGCGGAUUCCUUUUUGAACAAUAAUUUUAAUCAGACGUAGGGUACUAAAAUAAGACAAAUAUAGUUUUGAAAAAUAGUCAAGAGCUAUACGAUUUUAAAGCAAGUGAAGGGGGCUUAUUCUAUCUAUUUUAAACCACUACCUCACUUUUAAUUUAAAAUAUAAAGGUACAAAAUGCAAGAUCAACAAUUAAAGGCGGGUUAUUUAGUGUCACUGAUGCAGAGUUAAUACAGAUUGAAAAUUCAAGAAUCAUUGAUAUUUUUUCAGCUAAUGGAGGUUUUAUUUACUCAUCAUCAAAUCUUCUUAAUAUCAUAAUUAGAAAUACUAAAAUUAUGUGUGAUCAAAAUUACUUAUAAUUAGAAGAACUUGAUAAAUACAUUAAUAAUAAAGCUUAUUAUCCUGAGAGUAAAGCUUAUUUUGUUCUUUAAAAUACUGCUAGCAUAAGUCUCUAUAGUAAUAGAAUAGAGAAUUGUGGAAAUUAAAAUCUAGGAGGAGUAUUUUCAAUUUAAAAGACAAAAUUUACAGACGAGAAAUCUAUUUUUUUAUAUAAUUCGGGCUAAUAUGGUGGUGUUUUUAAUGCUUAAGAAUCAGUUAUUAAAUUAUCAUCAUCAGAAUUCUAUAAUAACUUAGGAAAAACGGGAGGAGUAAUAAAUGCUGUAUUUAAUUCAAGUUUGACAUUAAGAUUUUGCAUUUUCCAAAAUAACAAUGCUACAGCUUCAGCAGGAGUUCUAUUCUUAGCUACAUAAUGCAGCUUAAAUAUCUAUGGAAGCACAUUUUAUUAAAAUUAAGCUGAUGAAAAUUCAGUUUUAGAAAUAAUAAGUACUAAUUUAGUUCAGGAUGUUGUAAUUAGUAAAAGUUAAUUUAAAGAAAACAAAUCUUCGAAAAACACAAUAUCAAUUCUCUAUUCAAGUGUUAUAUUAAUUGAUAGCAAAUUUCAAGAUAAUAUCGCUUUAUCAAAGACUAAAAAUAUUUUACUUGGAUUUGUGAAUAUAACUAUGAGAAACAAUAUUUUUUCAAGCAAGUAUUUAGCUGAUUUGGAAUAAUCUUAUUUAUUGGAUGAAACUACAGGAUCGUUUAUAUUUCUAAUUUUUGAUGUUAUUUUGUCUCUAGAUAAUUGCUUAUUUAAAGGAGGUUUAUCUAAUUAUGGAGGGGCUAUUUUUAUAUCAGGAGAUAGCGUUAUUAGUAUAAUGAAUUCUAGAUUUAUUAAUAAUCAAGCUAUUUCAAAAGGAGGUGCUAUAUAUUCUUCAGGUUUUAAGUCUAUUUUUAUUGGAGAUGAAUCAACAUUCGUUGACAAUUUUGCUAUAGAUUACGGUGAAGACAUUUAUAUCACCAACUCAUUUAAAACUAUAAGCUUAAAUAAAGUCUCGUUUAGCAACCUAAAAUCAAAGAAUUCUAUUUACAUUGAACAGGCAUUUUUAAAUGCUACAAACUUAACAAUAAAGGAUAUCAAUUAAAAUAAGUAAUCAAAAAGAGGUGCUGGAAUAUAUUGUAAUUUCUGUAAAGGCUUCUUAAUAAAGAACUCUCUAUUCCAGAAUCUUAGGAGCUCACAAGGAGGAGCUAUAUAUUUGAUCGAAUAGGAUGCCAACAAGGGUUCUACCUAUUUUGAUUAAAAUGAAAAGUUUUAAAUAAUUAACUCUUAAUUUCAUAACUGCUCAUCUUAAAAAGGAGGAGCUUUAUACUUAGAUAAUCCAUAGUCUAUUAACAUCAUUAAUUCUUCAUUUAUAAGCAAUCAAGCCCUGAUAUUUGAGAAUAAUGAAUUUUAAAUUGUAAGCCAAGGCUCUGGUGGAGCAAUUUACUAUACGUGCAAUAUUUAGUAACUUAAUUGUAAAAUGAAUUUAAAUGGUACUCUUACAUUUUAAUAAAAUAAUGCUGAAUUCUAAGGAGGUGCUAUAUUUUGGGAUUAAUUAGAACCCAACUACAACUUGAGCUCAAUAAGCUUUAUAAACAACAGUGGUUACUAUUAUGGAGAUGACUUAGCCUGUUAUUCCUAAAAUCUAAGAUAAGUCAGCUAUUCUUAAUACAUGAAAAAAAUGAUUUAAAUUAGAGUUAAAAAUUAAGAUGAUUAUAAUCUAAGAGAGCUACUUAAUGAAUAUUAAGAUUAGGGAAAUGAAAGAAAGAGGGAAAUUUAAGAACUAAAUAAUUAAAGAAGUGGGGGCUCUAUACCUAUAAUUUAUAUUGCUAUGAUGGACAAAUAUGGAUAAAUUGUUGGCGCAGAUUUUACAAGUAAGGUUCGAGUAAAUAUCGAUACUAAUAACUUAAGCGAGAAGCAAAAUCUAUAUUCUCCCAUUAUCGAGGGUUCGAGUAUAUUUGAUGUUAUAGGUGGGAUUGCUGUAAUUUCUGAUAUUAUUAUUGUUGGAACUCCAGGAACAUCCUAUUAACUUGUUUUUUCCUCUGAUGGAAUUGAUCUUAGCAAAGAUUCAAAUAAAAAGACAAUGAAUUAUGAGGGAAACUCAAACCUAGAUUUUGAUAUAGAUAUCAGACUUAGAGAAUGUGAGAUUGGAGAGUAAUUUACUACAUCUGGCAAGUGUCAAAUAUGCUAAGAUAGUUACUCAUUAGUUAAAAUGACUCAACCUGGCAGUUGUGAAGUGUGUCCAACAGAAAAAGCUAAAUGCAUUGAGGGAGCUCAAAUUGGGCCUCUUCCUGGUUAUUGGAGGAGAAAUAAUGAAUCUAAGAUUUUUACAUAAUGUCUUUAUGAAUUUGCUUGCUUAGGGAUGAUUCCUCCUAAAAAUAUUCUUGUUGGAGAGUGCUAAUAAGGAUACCAAGGAAUAUUAUGCGCUGAUUGUGAAUACGGUUUUUCAAGGAAUAAUGACUAUCAAUGCUCAUUGUGCCCAGAAUCUGCUUUGAAUGUCCUGAGGUUGCUUGCAAUAGUCUCUGCAGUUGCAAUUUUGAUUGUUUUUAUGAUCAGAUCUACAUUGAAUGGAGCCAUGGAAAUUAAUAAUGUUACAAGUAUUUACCUUAAAAUACUCCUAAACCAUUUCUAGCUUAUUUUAGUAACAGCUUCAUUUGAUUUUAGAUGGUCUUAGCAAAUAGUAGAAUUCUUUAGUUCAACAAAACAAGUAGCCACUGCAUCUACUUAAGUCUUUAGUUUUGAUUGCUUUCUUGAUACAAGAAGUUCUAAUGAGUAAUCUAGUCAAGUGGAAAGAAGGAUAUUCUUUCAGAAAUUGAUCAUGAUUGCUUUAUUACCUUUCUUAUUAACAAUUCUCUGCUGUAUUGUUUGGAAUAUUUAUAAGAAAAUCAAAAAGGAUUAAAUUGAAAUAAGAGGCAAACUAUUGUCAAGUCUUGUAAUUCUAUUAUUCCUAGUACAUCCAAGCUUGGUCACAUAUUCUUUUCAUAAUUUCAAAUGCAAAGAAGUUGACAGUGAAUAAAGAGUAUAGGAUGAUCUUGAAAUAGAGUGUUGGUCAGCUGUUCAUAAUGUAUUCAGCUAUUUUGUCGCCUUACCUAGUAUCAUAGUCUGGGGGUUAGGUAUUCCCUUUUUUGCUUUUGCAAUUCUAAUAAAGAGAAGAGAUAAACUGAAUACAUUUGAAGUAAGAUAAAGUUAUGGCUUUUUAUUCAGAGGGUAUCGAAAAGAAUAUUAUUUUUGGGAAAUAGUAAUCAUGUAUCGGAAAAUCAUGAUCAUAUUUACUUCAGUAUUUAUCAGUAAUUUCGGAGUUGUGUCCUAAGCACUUCUUGUUUUUAUGAUAUUGAUUUUUUUCUUAAUGAUAAAUUUCAAAAAAUAGCCAUUUAACACACUAGUGCUAAAUGAUCUUGAAACUUUAUCAUUAAUUACUUCAAUGAUUACUAUCUAUUGCGGCAUAUUCUUCAUUUUAAAUAAACCAAAAGAUUGGAUAAAUGAAAAUCCAGAUUUAGCAAGAGGAUCAGUCUCUUUAUCAGAUGGUUUUCAAAAAUUCUUUUUUUUCCUCAUAUUGUCAUCAAAUUUGUGUUUCUUUUUAUUCUGGGGCUACAAAAUGUAUUAAGAAGGGAAGGCUAAAUUUAGAUAAAAAUUCACAAAAAUCUACCUAGCAUUGUGCUUGUGCUAAAAUUAGAAUAAAUUAGAAGAUUAAUUAAUAAUGCAUUAGAUAGAGCAAGAAAAUAUAAACUAUUAAUAAUAGCUCAAAUCAUAAUUAAAGAAAAUCAAGAAAGUGUUUAUUAAUGGUGAACUUAAUCUAAAUAAAAACAACAUUGAAAGGAUAUUGAUGCAUGUAGGAUUAGAUUAGUUUUAUAAAAUUGUUGAGGGUAAUAAAAGAAUCAUGAAAAAAGAGACAUAGACUUAGCAUUUAAGAAGUUAAAAAAUAAAAAAUACAAUUAAAAUACAAAAAUAAUCAUUCUCUGAGACUCAAAAAUAAGAUGAUGACCUAAGUCAGAACUUUAAAUUAUAUAUUGAAGAUUUCUCUGGCAAUAAAUAAACGUAAUAGACAAAUGAUUCAUAAUAAGAUAUCUACUUUGAUGAAAGCUAAUUUCAGGAUGAAAUAACAUUUAACAAAAAUAAUAUGUCUAAUCAAAAGUAUUUGGAUAGCCAAAUCAGUCUAGCAUCUAUUAAAACGUUUAAAUUUAAUAAAGAAAGACAAGAAAUUAAAAAAUCUAGAUUACCUGUUGGUUAUGAUGCAUUAGCAAGAGGAUAAAUCAAAAAAAUAACUGAAGAAAAAUACAAUAUAAAAUAAAAUGCAAUUAGAAAAUUUUAUGAACCUUUUACUCCUUCUAUAUUGACUAAAAAGAAAAAGAUACUCAAUAAUAAAAAUGCAAUUUAAUCUGAGUUAGCAAUAAACAAAAACUAUAUUGCGACAUCUGAAAGAUUUUAAGAAACUUCCUCAAUUAUGGAAGACAAAAUUAAUCAUUCAUAGCUUGAACUUUUGGUUAAUGAUAGAAUUAAGGAAAUUACAGUUAAUUAUUAAGAAAGUAAAAAUUCUGAAUAGAAUAUUUUAGUUAGAAAGAGAUUUAAUAAACAAAAAAAGCAGAUGAAAAAUAGAAAUUAAAACAAUCAGACAAUAUAAAAGCAAAAGAACUCUUUAAGUGAGACAUCCAUUAGCAAUAUACAUAAUGAAAAAGUAAUACGAGGUUUAACAAUAAGAUAAUAAGAUGAUUUUAAUUAAAAAAUUUCAAUCAAUGAUUAUGAAUUACUAGUUUAAGAUCCAAAAUAAUGUGAAAAUCAAUUGAAGAAUGUUGAAUCACCAUGUACAGAAUAAACAUUUGAUUGCAAAACAUAUGGUUUUUAAGAAUUUUUAGUUCAUUAGUAGGAAGAUAAGAAUAGUAAAUUCUAAAUUGAUCAAAUAGGACAUUUGCUAUAUAUUGAUAAUGAAAGUAUUCAGAUUUCUUAGAAAAGAUAAGACCAGCUUGCAGUUAUUGAUCUUUCAAAAAGCACAGAUAGUUUAGACAUUUUGUCCGCCGUAUAAAAUUAAAAUUUCUUAUCUCCUAAAAAAUCAAAAGAAAAUGUUGGCAAUAACAAACUUCCUAUUGCUAUUAAGGAAUCUGUUUCUUUUUAGAGUCCAGAUGAGGAUAGUAAAUCAUUGUAAAGAAAAGAGUAAUUUGCUUUUAUGAGUGACAAGAUAUUAGACUUUUAUAACGAGAAAAAUACUGACUCAAUAAUGAUUUAAUAAUAUUCGGAAUCUGAAAAAUCUUUACUUAUAAGUUAAGAUUCAUAAUUAGAUAUUUGA